AAAUUCAGUGCGGGAUAGUAAAGAUGGUGGUUCAGGCUAUAGAAUUUUCCUAAAUUUUCCUCCCAGAACUUCCUCAAAAUAAUCUAUUUCUAAAUAUCUAUUCAUUAUUUUCACUGCACCAACCGAUCAAUAAUGGAUCCUGGUGCCUCUUUGUCAGAGAUCCAGGAGAAUGAUGAUCUCCCGACUGAACAGUCGCCUGAAGACAACAGCAGUGAAUCCAUUUCCAUUUCUGAAAAAUCUGCUUCCUUGAAAAGUGGAGGAAAUGAAACCAGCAGCAGUGUGUCACUGUCAAAAGUGUCUGCAUCUGGAUCACCAUCCAAAUCUCUUUGUUCAUCCAGUUCAACAUCAGCUGAGAAUGUUUCAGGAACAGUGGAGCAGAUUCCACCACCAAUAAAGGUACCACAAACAAAAGUAACCGAUGAUCCGCCAUUACUUGAUGGAGAGAAGAUUAUGGGAAUGACCCGAGAUGUGACAUACCUCUGUCCCUACACUGGUGGAACAAGAGGAACACUGUCCGUGACCAAUUUUAAAAUAUUUUUCCGAUCCGCAGAUAGGGAGUCGCCACUGAUACUAGAUGUGCCCCUUGGCGCCGUCAGUCGCGUGGAAAAGGUUGGUGGAUCAAUGAGCAGGGGAGAGAACUCUUAUGGAAUUGAGAUAUUUUGUAAGGACAUGAGGAAUCUCAGAUUUGCCCACAAACAAGAAAAUCAUUCUAGGCGGCAGGUCUUUGAAAAACUGACGCAAUAUGCAUUCCCAAUCACUAAUAAAGUUCCGAUGUUUGCCUUUGAGUUCAAAGAAGAAUAUGAGGAGAAUGGUUGGUCGGUGUAUGAUCCGAUCAAGGAGUUCAAAAGAAUGGGUCUUCCAAAUGAAAGUUGGAGGGUCAGCAGGGCCAAUGAAAACUAUGAAGUCUGUGACACCUAUCCAGCCAUAGUUGCGGUACCUGGUGCGACUACUGAUGAAGAUCUGAAAUAUGUUGCUGCCUUCAGAAGUCGAGGACGGCUACCGGUGCUAUCAUGGAUCCACCCCGAGAGCCAGGCAACCAUUACCAGGUCGAGUCAGCCUCAGGUUGGAGUCGCAAGCAAGAGGAAUAAGGAAGACGAGAAAUACAUCCAGACGAUUAUGGAUGCGAAUGCCCAGUCGCACAAGCUCUAUAUCAUGGAUGCACGGCCAAGCGUGAAUGCAGUCGCUAACAAGGCUAAGGGUGGUGGAUACGAGAGUGAAGAUGCAUACCCACACGCUGAGCUGGUCUUCCUCGAUAUCCACAACAUCCAUGUGAUGAGAGAGAGUUUACGGAAGUUAAAGGAUAUCUGUUUCCCAACAAUUGAUGACAGUCACUGGCUGUCGAAUAUUGAAUCGACGCAUUGGCUUGAACACAUUAAGCAAAUCUUGGCGGGUGCCGUUAGGAUAGCAGACAAAGUAGAAAGUAACAAGACAUCGGUGUUGAUCCACUGUAGUGAUGGCUGGGAUAGAUCAGCUCAGCUGUCGGCCCUUGCCCUAGUCAUGUUGGACCCAUACUACAGAACUCUCAAGGGUUUUGAGGUUCUCAUCGAGAAGGAGUGGUUGUCAUUUGGUCACAAGUUUCAACAGAGAGUUGGCCACGGAGAAGACAAGCACUCAGACGCGGAUCGUUCUCCAGUAUUCUUACAGUUUGUUGACUGUGUUUGGCAGAUGACGAGACAGUUCCCGAAUGCAUUCGAGUUCAACGAGCACUUCCUCAUCACGAUACUCGACCAUCUGUAUAGCUGUCUGUUCGGGACAUUCUUGUUCAACUCUGAGCAGAUACGUGUCCGAGAGGAGCUCCCUCAAAAGACUGUCUCUCUCUGGUCGUACAUCAACUCUGAUCCCGAGGAGUACCUCAACCCUCUGUAUGCCUCGUACUUAAACCAACACGUGCUCUACCCUGUGGCGAGUAUGAGGAGGAUCGAGCUCUGGUCCCGCUAUUACAUUCGCUGGAACCCAAGAAUGAGACCACAGGUGGCGCCCACCAGCGUUAUUAAAAGUGAUCAGUAUGUGGAGCCCAUCCAUCUGAGGAAUCGUGAGCUGCUCGUCCUGAAGGCCCAGCUCCAGAGACGUGUUGAUGAGCUACAGAAAGAACUCGACCAAAAGAAUAUCAAAUCUUCUCACGGUGCUGCUUCAAAACUGGCUUCGCCUGUGCUUGUCUAGGAUACAAAGCGGAUAAGAUAUUAGGGCCGUUUAGACGACGCGAAAAAAUCCGGAUGCGUCCCGAAUCCGGAUUAAUUUUUCGUCGUGUAAACGCAAAAAGAUCCGGAUCAAUGUGGUUGCAUCCGGACUAAAAAGGUACCAUCGCCUUGGGUGGUUUUAAUCCAGAUUCAUCCAGAUUCGAUCCGAAUGCGGUCUUUUCGCCUGUCGUCUAAACGGCCCUAAUGUGUCAUAAAAAACUUAUGAACUGUCAUGACUGUGUUACUGUAAUUCUGUUGAAUUGGAUAUGUAAAAGGACUUUCUUUUCUGCACUGCAUAUAUCAUACAAUCUGCCAAUAUGUUUUGUCUGAACUUCUGCACCCUGGAAAACCAGUUUCCCAACCUGCCAAGGAUCAUGUGUAUUCAGGCUGGCGUCCCUGGCUUCCCAAGCAGGAACAUCACAGGUCAAACACCUACUCAUUUUCCAUGGUCAUCCAGGGCAGGCCAACUUGGGUGGCAAGUAUUUAGUGUUAUCUCAGUCUGAAUCCUUUGAAUUGGAUUUUGGAAAUAAGCACAUACAUUACGACUACUGCUGUUGUUGAUGUAGGGCCAACACUUCUUCAAGAGGGGUGGAUCCAGUUGUAUUGAUCAUGGUGUGAUGAUUUGGUCUUCACAGUCACACUGCAACCUAUAUGUAUCCAUCACUUAACUUAUUAAGGGUAGCUGCUAGCAAAGUAGAUUUCUUGAUUUUGUAAAGAAUUUGUAAAUAGUGAUGAUAGUAUGUUUCAAUUUGCAUGUAUUCUUUUCAUAUAGAAAGAAUUUUUCAUUUUUUGUAUGGGGAUUUAAAGUUGCCCAGUCCGGCCACCAUCGUAGUUGCACCUUGCUUUGUGCUGCAAAAAUGGGAGCCUUUAGUCCCGAGGGGAUGGAAAUCUGAUCUGAUGCACCCUGCAUCAAGAAAGGAAGAAAGACACUUGUAAUUAAAAAAAUAAUAUGUAUGCUCUGUACAAUGUUAGGUUCAUAAUAAAAUAUGGUUAUUACAAUUAA